GUGAGGAAGGAAAGUGUCCUGAGCAUGGGAGGGAAGCAGAAAAAGCUGAUCUCGAUCAAUGACAACCUGAAACAUCCAAUCCAAGAAAGAGGAGAAAUCAGAAGUUACGAGUGUUCACUGGUUUAUGAAUCUAAGGUGGAGAGGAGAACAGACAGUAAAUUAACUGGACACAGUAUGAAGCUACUUAAGAUUAACAGGCUGGAAGAAAUAAAUACACGAUUCAGCACAAGCAGUCUAGAAAAAACAGCCUUUUUUCAGAGUGUGGAGAAAAUGAAGAUGACUAGAAGCUUUCAGGAAGAAAAAUUCAGUGAAUCAGGUCCUGGAACAGAAGAUAAAAAGGUCAUCCAAGAAAAGUCACAUUUCAGUGAAACAGAAACAAAAGAAAAGAAGCCGCCAGAUUCAACAGAUGGGGACAUACAGCAGAGUCAGUCCUGCUCUCAGGAAGAAGAAGUUGACAAGCUUAACAAGGAAAAUGCUAAGAGGGAAAGUUCUGUUCUGCCUGAAGUGGAUCCUCCCAAAUUUCAUACUGAAACAUCAGAGGAGAAAGAAGGAAGUUUGUCUUUAGAAAGCCAUUAUGAAUAUAGGAGAAACUCUUUUCAGGAAUCACUCACUCCAGAAAAGAAACAAGAAGAAGAUGCUGUUGAUGAUGCUUGUCAAAAACUAACUGUGCAGGAGACAGAGAGUGAGUCCCCAGCAGAUGAGGAGAAGAAAAAGGAACAUCAGAUGCCUGAAGGUGCACUUGAGGAACAACAAAAGGAGAAAGAGAAGGAAGGGGAGGAAAAUGCUGAUAAGAGUGUAAAAGCUGCUGUGGAACCACCAGCUCCUUCCCAAAAGGAGGAUAAGGCAGAACAAAGUCAUGAUGAAGAGGUAUCAGAGGGAAGGUGUAAAAGCUGCGAAAAAGAUGACACUCCUACUCCACCAGCGCCAUUUGAUCACCGGAUUGUCUCAGCCAAAAGGGUGGGGAUCAGCAAUUACUAUAAUGUCAACGAGGAUGAAAUUCUGGGAGGAGGGCGAUUUGGGCAAGUGCACAAAUGUGAAGAGAAAGCAACAGGUCUCAAGCUGGCAGCCAAAAUUAUAAAAGCACAAGGUCCAAAACAGAAGGAUGAAGUUAAAAAUGAAAUCAAUGUCAUGAACCAACUGAAUCACGUGAACCUUAUCCAGCUAUAUGAUGCCUUUGAAUCUAAAAAUGACAUUGUACUCGUCAUGGAAUAUGUGGAAGGAGGAGAGUUAUUUGACCGAAUAAUUGACGAGAACUACAAUUUGACAGAGAUGGAUACUAUUUCGUUCAUAAAACAGAUCUGCAAGGGAAUUCAGUAUAUGCACCAAAUGUACAUUCUUCAUUUGGAUCUCAAGCCUGAGAAUAUCCUGUGCGUGAAUCGAGAGGCAAAUCAAAUAAAAAUUAUUGAUUUUGGAUUGGCAAGAAGAUAUAAACCCAGGGAAAAACUUCGAGUUAACUUUGGGACUCCAGAAUUUCUUGCUCCUGAAGUUGUGAAUUAUGAGUUUGUCUCUUUUCCUACAGACAUGUGGAGUUUAGGAGUCAUUGCUUAUAUGCUCCUCACUGGAUUGUCUCCUUUUUUGGGUGAUGAUGACAAUGAGACCCUCAACAAUAUCCUGGCCUGUAACUGGGAUUUUGAAGAUGAGGAAUUUCGAGAUGUGUCUGAUGAGGCCAAAGAUUUCAUAUCAAAGCUUCUCAUCAAGGAAAAAUGCUGGAGAUUAAGUGCAACUGCUGCCUUAAAACACCCAUGGUUAACAGACCACAAGCUCCACUUCAGACUCCAGAAAAAGGCGAAAGGUGUCUGUGUGUCUCAAGCACCCCAGGCUCAAUAACCUCUCUGAAAGAGCUGCCAAACAGAAGAAAAGCUGCUGUGUGGUUACUGCUGCUAAGAGAUUUGAAAAUAUCAGCAGUCUCGGUGCUUUACCCCCCUGCCAUGACUGAGACUUCUACUAAAUGGACCAACAGCACUUUAGUUGCAGGACAAGUCCCAGCAUUGUGGAGCUGCUUCUUCUCUAUUCAGCUGUUAAAAGAAGGAAAGUAUUUCUCCAGGCUGCAGGAAUGCGUUUCUUUUGGAGCAGCAUGUUCUCCAUGCCUGCAAGUGCUACAUUAGCUUGGUUUCAUAAUGAACUUUUCUCUAUCUAGUCUUAUAUCUUCAUUUACUUAUCAAAGGCUCCUUACGGUUUAAAUUAUCAUGCAAAAUUAACUGUUUCUCAUCUGAGCCCAGAAGGAAAUCUGUCACUAUGUUAUAUCUCUAGCCAAGGUUCAUUUGACACUGGAGUAAAAUAAUUUUUAGAAAAACAAA